GGGCGGAGCGAAAGAACGCAGCGCUGGAGUCCGAGCGGAGAAGUUGAAGAAGAGUUGAAGAAGUGAACGACAGAGAAAGAAAAACAACUUCACCGAUUCGGUAUCGUUACACAUCUCCAACUAUGGAGUGAGGUGGAGGAGGAGGACGAGCACUGCUGUUUUAAAUACAUAAAGUACAGCUGGACCUGCUGAAAGUGAGCCGAUAGGAGUGGAAACACGAUGUAGGGGCUCAGCCGGAGUCUCGCCGCUGGAUUUUCCUCUCGCUGUGUGAAAGAAAAGCCCCAGGAGAAGAAAGCAGAAGGGCGGGGAGGCCACCAUGCUCUGGCCGCUCUCGGCGUGCCUCUUGGCGGCUCUCGCUCUGUGCCGCUCCGCGCUCUCGCAGUACUCCAGCGACCAGUGCAGCUGGAGGGGCAGUGGGCUGACCCAUGAAGGACAUACGCGGGACGUGGAGCAGGUGUAUCUCCGGUGCUCACAGGGCUCCCUGGAGUGGCUGUACCCAACUGGGGCCAUCAUCGUCAACCUGCGACCCAACACGGCCUCCCCAGCCGCUGGCCUGCUCUCCGUCUGCAUCAAGCCGUCCCGCGAGUCCAGUGGAACCCAUAUCUACCUGGACCGACUGGGUAAGCUGCGGCUGCUGCUCCGCGAACGCGAGCAGGCUGAAGGGAAGGUGCACUGCUUCAGUAUCCAGGAGGGAGCGCUCUUCAUCGAAGCCCUGCCCCAGAGAGACAUCAGCCGAAAAAUCACGGCCUUCCAGUAUGAACUGGUCAGCCACAGGCCUGGAGUGGACCCCAAUUCACUGUCUGCAUCCUGCCAGCCUUGCACUGAUGCUGAACUGCUUCUGGCUGUCUGUACCAGCGACUUUGUGGGCCGCGGCAGCAUUCUGGGGGUGGAGCAGGAGGAAGAGCAGACAUCAGUUGCCGUGACACUGACUCGUCUGUACAGGCAGAAGAGUCAGGUGUUUGUGUCUGGAGGCGGACGGGCCAAGCGUUUCACAGGCCGGGUGAAGAUGCCCCGCAAGUGUGGGGUGAAGCCGGGCGAGGGCGAGUUCCUCUUUAUUGGGACAGUGCGUUUCGGGGAGGCGUGGCUGAGCUGUGCCCCGAGAUACAGGGACUUCCUUCAGCUGUACCAGGACGCACAAGAGCGAGGGACCAACCCCUGCCACAUAGACACAGACUGAGAGAAACACUGUGACUUUACUUUCCAGAAAACCACACAAACAGCCUCGUCUGGAGGAACCCAGACAGAAACAGCCUGUCUUUGUCCCUGUCUCUCCAUGUGGACUGCUGAGUUUAUAAAUCGGUGCCCGGUUGCAUAAAAACCCUAAAAGUUCAGUAUUUUCUUAAAUUAUUUCCUUAAGUUUUUCCAAUGAUAGGGCUGCACAAUAUAUUGUCUGUUAAUUGUUAUUGUGAUGUUUCUGUUCGCAUUACUUAAAUCACAGAAGGCUGCAAUAUGCUGAGUAGCCAAAUGAAUGUUUCUGUGGGUGUAUAAUCUAAUGAUAAUUGUUUUGGUCACACUAAUGCAGGCCAAUCUUCAACUAUGUUUAUGGCUGAUACCAGUACAUUUUAAAAACUUUCAAGCAUAUCCCAAUUGCUGUAUGUAGCAAUAUAAUCACAAUACCGGUAUAUUGUUCACAUCAGUCAGCUCUAAUCCUUAGAAGGCCCUCCUUAAGUGUAGUCCUGUGCCUUAGUGUACAAAGUAAACAAUCAUUGAGAGUGAUUUGAUGUGAACUGGUUCAUUGUAGAGAAACUUACAGACUUAUUUCUUUACAGUGGUGGUGAUAGGAACCAGGAGUCUCAAUGUCUUUAGUGUUUUAUAUGUAGUGAUGAAAUAGUGGUAAAUCUGAAAGAAGAAGUUUUCUUUGAGGCCUCACAACACCCUGCAUGUAGCUCACCAUGCAUGUAUAAAAGAAUAUUUUAGGCCAAAAACGUAACACAGCCAGUCUCAGAGAACCAAGUAACAUAUUUGUCAACAUUUUGUGUAGUCGCUUUCUGUGAUGUAGCUUUUAUAGGCGUUAAACUCUAAAGACGUCUGGUUCCUAUUACCACCACUGUGAACUAUUCUGGCUUGGUAAGUUUCUCUGAAAUGACAUUUUUCACAUUACACCACACCAAUGAAUGCAGUGUCCCACAAAGAGCGUUUUGACAGAGAAAACCCCGUACAUCAUUUGAAUGGAGACAAGUAGAUGUGUUUUGUGAUUUAACAAAAAUUAUUGACUCAACAAACAUGCACUUCUGCAGAUAAUGCAAGUUUUAAUUGCACUAUGAUUUUUCUGUAACUGGAAUUGUUUGGGUAGUUGCUGUGUUAUGUACUAUUCACAUAACACAGCAUUUUGUGUUAUGUGACAGAGUGACAGAGCACUAUAAAGUGAAUAUCAGCAUUAAAACUCCCUAGCAAAUGCAGCAAAAACUGCAGUAAAGUAUUUAAGAGCUUUAAGAGAGGAAAACAUUUUAAAACAUUUUGCUUUAUGCAACAGGCUUACAGUUCUGUGCAAAAUUCACCCUUCAUUUAUUUAAUUUCCAGUCAAAACAGCCAUUAAGUGUUUUUUGUUUUCUUUUUAUAUAAAAUAUUGUCAUCUUUUAGUGUCAGGAAACAAAGGAAUGCAUAGAAAUAUAGUCAAAUUACACAGAAGUCUGAGAAACUAAAUAUAAGGCCAAAUGUUUUAAGUAUUUAGUUUAUCCAGACUUUGCCUUUAUUACAGAAUUAAUUCUUUUCAGUUUUUUAAAGAAAUCUGUUGUGAUGCCUUUCAACACCCCCAAAAGUUCAGUCUUAGAAGUUGGUUGCAUUUUCUAAACUCAGACAUAUUAAUUUUUUAAUUGUUUUUGUCACUUUUGGAAACUCCUGUUUCUUCACCUAUUUUCAUUUGACUUUCUCCUUCCUUACGCAAGUGAAUUAUCUUACAUCUCCUCAGAAACAUGUCCUGACAAAUGAGCAGCUUGUAUUUAAUGGCUGUUUUGACUGGAAAUGAAGUAAGUGAAGGGUGGUCUCCGACCUUUUCCUUAAGGGAUAAUCAAGGGAUCAGAAUGGGUUUUUAUGUAACCAGGCACAGCAGACUCUGCCUCAAACUUCUCACUUUCUCUCCUUCUGCUUUCCACGACAGGAACUCUCAAAUCUGUACAGAGGGCUAAAGUUGGACUUGCGCUCCCCGAGCCACUUCCCUCUUCGUCGCCCUCGUCUCUUAAAAUGUCUUAAAAAUGACAUUUUCUUGUAUUUUUAUGCCUUAAGGUUGAUGGUCACAAUGUAGCAGACCUCCAUGGUAAAUGUGUAAACAAAAAAAAAGAAAGAAAUGUGAAAGAACAUUCUACAAUGGAAGUCUCAAAUGCUUUUGUAAAAAGCUUGUUUGUACAGUUUUGCAGUUGUUUCUUAUGACAGAAAUGUAUUGAAGAAGAAAAAAAACCCUGCUUUUUAUUUUAAUUUUAUUUUGUAAGAAAAGUUUUUGAAGUGCGAUUCUCAGCUGCGCCUUGUUUUCAGGCAGCUGAAUUGCAAAGAUGUUUUUUUUUUCUUCAGAGAUUAAACCAUUUUUCUCUGCGGAA